AUGGCAUUCUUCGUAGUAAGAGUGAAGAGUGCACCUGGAGAUGCAGGUGAUUCACAGCUGAUGAGUGCAAAGGGUGUUGGCAGCAGUAGAAGCACAGUGGGCGAGAGGGCCGGGGGGGAGCAGAUUGAGGCCACUAUUUAUUCGCACCGCGGGCGCGCACCGACCUGUUGUGAUCCCGUCAUGGCGCGCUACGCCCGUGUCGCUCCUCUGCUCGCGUGUUUCUUUUUCGCCUGCGAGGCAAACGACUUUGGAGACAGGGCUGUAGUAUUUCCUGUUCCAUUGCAAGCGGCCGCUAAUAACGGUGCCCACCGUUGGCGUCGUCAGGCAGAUGCCAAGAGUGAGGACCAGAAUAGUGAGAUAUGCAAGGACAAGGACGCUAGCGAAUGGUUCCGGCUGGAGAUCGGCGAGGGCGACGCCUGCCGCAGCGUCAUCCAGUGCACCGCCUCGGGCAUCGAAGGUAUUAAGUGCCCACCCGGUUUAUAUUUCGAUAUUGAAAAACAAACCUGUGACUGGAAAGAUGCCGUAAGAAACUGUAAAGUAAAGAGCAAGGAACGCAAAGUAAAACCUCUUCUUUAUACUGAGGAACCUCUUUGCCAAGACGGCCUUCUUGCCUGUGGGGAUGGCAUUUGUAUAGAGCAUGGCCUUUUCUGUAAUGGUGAAUUAGAUUGUAACGAUGGAUCAGACGAAAACUCUUGCGACAUCAACAAUGACCCCAACAGUGCUCCUCCUUGCGACACAUCUCAGUGCACAUCACCUGACUGUUUCUGCUCUGAAGACGGAACCGUCAUCCCUGGUGAUCUGCCCGCAAAGAACGUUCCUCAAAUGAUAACCAUUACUUUUGAUGACGCUAUUAACAACAACAACAUUGAUUUGUACAAAGAAAUUUUCAAUGGCAAACGUAAAAAUCCUAACGGUUGCGACAUCAAGGCGACAUACUUCAUUUCACACAAAUACACUAACUAUUCGGCUGUUCAGGAAACUCACAGAAAGGGUCACGAAAUCGCCGUACACUCCAUCACCCACAAUGAUGACGAACGCUUCUGGAGCAAUGCUAGCGUUGAUGAUUGGGGUAAGGAAAUGGCUGGUAUGAGAGUUAUUAUAGAAAAGUUUGCAAACAUCACCGACAACAGCGUAGUUGGAGUUCGUGCACCUUACCUAAGAGUUGGAGGCAACCGUCAAUUCACCAUGAUGGAAGAACAGGCCUUCUUAUACGACAGCACCAUUACCGCUCCUUUGUCCAAUCCUCCUCUAUGGCCAUACACUUUGUACUACCGCAUGCCCCAUCGCUGCCACGGUAAUUUACAAAACUGUCCCACUAGAAGUCACGCCGUUUGGGAAAUGGUAAUGAACGAGCUUGACCGUCGUGAAGACCCAAGCAAUGACGAAUACUUACCAGGAUGUGCUAUGGUUGACUCUUGCUCCAACAUUCUUAGUGGUGAUCAAUUUUACAACUUCCUUAAUCAUAACUUCGACAGGCAUUACGAUCAAAACAGAGCCCCAUUGGGACUUUACUUCCAUGCUGCUUGGUUGAAAAAUAACCCUGAAUUCUUGGAAGCAUUCUUAUACUGGAUUGACGAAAUCCUUCAGACUCACGAUGACGUAUACUUUGUAACCAUGACUCAAGUAAUCCAAUGGAUUCAAAACCCACGUUCUAUUUCUGAAUCAAAGAACUUCGACCCAUGGCUAGAGAAGUGUUCCGUAGAAGGUAUCCCAGCCUGCUGGGUGCCUCACUCUUGCAAACUUAACUCUAAGGAACUCCAAGGUGAGACCAUUAAUCUUCAGACAUGUCUCAGAUGCCCAGCCAAUUACCCAUGGCUCAAUGAUCCAACGGGUGAAGGUCAUUAUUAA